AUGAGUGCGAAUGAUCUAUCUAAGCCUGAAAGUCUGGAUAACCUCAGUCAACCAUCUUCAUAGGAAGGACAAUAGAGGAAAUAAUAUAAGGUUCAUCGAUUGGGGAAUAGGAAAUAAUCAUCAAAUUAAAAUUAUUACAUAAAGGAACAGGCAUCAAGCAGAGAGGAGAGAAAAUUGAAAUCGUAUUUGCAGAGGAUAGAAGAAUAACAAAAAUUAGAGGAGGCAGCCUUAUUGAAACGAAAGCGUUCCAAGCCAAACCAGGAGACAAAGAGCAGUGAGACUCAAGAAGGUCCAAAGUAAAUUGAUGAAGUCAUUAUGCCAAUAUAGGCCACAGUGUUGCUGAAUCCUUUGUUGGUGCCGUAGUAGUCUCAAUUAGAUGUGACAGCAUAAUCGAAGCUUCGUCUAAAUCCCAAGCUUAAGAUUAAAGAGAAACAUCACAUAUUCCUUUAUCUCUCAGAGUGGUACGAUAGAUGUGUUGAUAAUAUGUAAAAACUCAAUUCGGGAGCCACUCAGUAGUAUUCACCCCAAAAAGUAGGCAAAUGCGAAGUGACUAACAUACAAUCAAUUAAUUAAGAUGUGUAUUAGGACACUCUAAUUUUGAUGAAAAAUUUCAAGCAUCAAUAUUAAUAAUAGAAUGGAAAUGAUUCAAAAGAGCUAUUAAACAGAUACUCUGAUCGGAAGUUCUUGGAGUCAAUUCUGAAAGAUAAUAAAUAAUAAAUAAAUAAGAAAAAUGGAUUGGAGAAGGUUCAAAUAUCAAAUGGGAAGUUUAAUCAGAAGAAGAAUUGA